AUGGCUGAAAAAGAAGCUGCAAUAAACACUCAUCCCAACGAAACUCCGGAUCCUCAAAGUCCAUCACCCAGAUUUUUGAUAGAGCAACCACCAUCUGAGCAAGACCCUAAUCUGGUGACAUGGAACGGUCCCGAGGACCCGGGCUAUCCCAGGAAUUGGCCGUCGGGCAAGAAAUGGGCUACAAUCAUUCCCAUGUCGCUGUUCACCCUUUUGACUUCCAUGAGCUCGGCCAUAAUGGCCCCAGCCCUAAAUAACAUUCAGCAGGAUCUCCACUUCUCGUCCAGUACGAUGGGCGUUAUAUCCCUGUCUGUUUACUUGCUAGGAGUGGCAAUCGUACCCUUGUUUACGGCGCCUUUGUCAGAGGUAUUUGGAAGGAUGAUAGUCCUUCAGGUUACUGAUAUGUUUUUCAUUAUCUUCAACACUCUAUGUGGAAUUGCAAAAACCCCAAACCAGUUGAUUGGCUUCCGAUUUUUAGCUGGUCUGGGCGGCGCAGGAGCUAACACGAUGGGCGCUGGCCUCACCACAGACCUAUUUGAGUCUGACAAGCGCGGUAGUGCUCUAUCCCUCUAUCUCCUCGCCCCUUCGAUCGGCAUGACCGUCAGCCCUAUCGCUGGCGGCUUUCUCGUGCAAUAUACGACGUGGCCAUGGUGCUUUUAUCUUGUAUCCCUCGUGGCUGGCGCGGUGCAAAUUUUUGGCCUGCCCUUCUUUCGCGAGACUUAUGCUCCAGUUCUGCUGCAGAGAAGGUGCAAGCGUCUACAGAAAAGCACUGGGAACCUAAAUCUGUACACGCACCACGACAGCGUCUCCCUGCCCCAUCUGCUCCGGCUUAGCCUCAUCCGACCAAUAAAGUUGCUUGCCACGCAACCGGUGGUGCAAGUCUGGAGUGUGUAUUGUGCAUACAUCUACGGGAUUCUAUACCUGCUCAUUUCGAGCUUCCCCAAUGUGUGGACAGGCAUAUACGGAGAAUCCGUGUCUAUCGGCUCCCUCAACUAUAUCUCCUUAUUCCUGGGUAUGACCUUUGCUUCGCAGGUUGGAAUGCGUCUUGCCAAUCGGUCCUACAGGAAGCUGUGCAGUCAGCAUGGUGGACGCGGCCUGCCGGAGUUUCGCCUGCCAGCCCUGAUGAUCGGUGCGGUGAUUAUCCCAAUCGGCCUCCUCUGGUACGGAUGGAGUGCGCGACCAAAUGUCCACUGGAUCAUGCCGAAUAUCGGCGCAGCCAUUUACGGCGCCGGUGUGCUACAUGAGAUCCAAUGCAUAGUAGGGUACAUCAUGGAUACAUACCCCAAGUAUGCCGCCAGUGCAGUAGCCGCGGUGAUGUGCAUCCGGAGUCUGCUUUCUUUUGCGUUGCCACUAGCCGCGCCGCGGUUGUGA